UGUAAACAUGUGGAUGAGAAUUUGUAUUGGAUUGGUGCUAUGCACCACCUUGGCUUACGCUAAUAUGGAAGGAUACGAGGGAUACAAAAAAUACACAAUACAACAUGAUAAUGAAGAUGUAUUUCAAUAUAUGGUCGAUUUACAAACCAACGAUACAAAUCUAGAUUUUUGGCUUUUAACCAGAAAUGUGUCAAUAGUAUCCGUUGCUCCGUUUAUGCAACCGAUAUUAGAGUCACAAUUGGAAUCAAUGGGUACACCAUAUGUAGCUAAACCAUUGAUGGAUGAGAUGUUUUUAGAUGGAUUGUAUGAUGAAGGAUGUUCAGAUUCUGAUGGUAGUUUGUGUCCGUUAAAAAGAAAAACAAGACAAGCAAGUGGUUUCUUUCGAUAUUAUCCAAGAUACGAUGCGAUUCUUCAAUACAUGAAUGCAUUAGCCCAACGAUACCCUCAAUACGCAAAACUUGAAGCCUUAGGCCGAUCUGUUGAAGGUCGCAUCGUCGCCGGAUUAUCAAUCUCUCUAAAUGGAAGGCGUGACCGUAAAGCAGCCUACAUUCAAGGUGGAACUCACGGCAGAGAAUGGAUAACAACACCAACAGUACUUUACUUUGCUGCCGAAAUUCUUGCCAACAUCAAUGCCUUCCGUUCAAUUUUACGUGAUACUGAAAUCUAUGUUGUGCCUCUUAUGAAUCCUGAUGGUUAUGAAUAUUCCCACACAACGGACCGUUUUUGGCGAAAGAACAGACAUCGUUUUGCACUUCGUUCAUGUGUUGGUGUCGAUAUAAAUCGUAACUUUGGUCACUAUUGGAAUUAUAAAGGUUCCAGUCAAAAUCAUUGUUCAGAAGUCUUCUCUGGGUUAACACCAAAUUCAGAGCCAGAAACUCAAGCGGUCAAACGUUAUUUGGACAGAAAUCGUAAUCGCGUGAAGUUAGUUCUGGAUGUUCAUUCAUUUGGAAAAUUCCUCUUCUAUCCAUACGGGUUCACCAAAGCUGCACCACCAACAAGAAAUCUCCUACAUUCAAUUGCUGUGCGGGCAGCAACACAAAUCGCUAAAUACCGUGGAACGGUAUACACAAUUGGUAGUUCUUCGAACAUCCUGUAUGAGGCUUCAGGUGGAUUGGACGAUUAUGCUUAUGGAGCACUUGGUAUUCCGCUCACGUAUACAUUGGAGUUACCCGGAAAUGGUUUCGAUUAUCCUGCAUCGGACUUAAUCCAUGUGUGCAAAGAGACAUUUGCUGGUUAUGUGGAGUUUGUGAGGCAUGUUGCGUUGUAUUGA